GUCAAAAUCACGUCAAAAUCACGUCAAAAUAUUGUAACCUCACAUUUGCAUUACAGAAAACUUCAGCUUUUAAAUGUUAUCACUGCGAUGUAUUAUAUUGUGAUUAGAGAAUAUCAACCAAAUGAUUUCCCAUCAGUAUCCGAAGUCGUAAGAAACGCGUAUAUUUCCAAUGUCUUAAACGCCUUCGUUUCGGCACUUUUUAACGAAGUCACUUUUCAAGCAAUUGUAUUAUUGGCAGCUUUCAUGUUUAUUUUCAUGGGUGUACCGUUACAGUAUUGUUUAUUAUCAGUACCCAUAGUACUGAUUAUGUUGUAUAUUUUAAUAUACGGUUCGUUUUUAAUGAAAGCAGCUGAAUUAAUGCACAGUAAAAGGGCCUUACAGUGCUGGGUCGCUGAAGCGUAUGAACCUUAUUUUUUCACAGAGAAACCCCAAAACUGUUUUUACAAAAUUAUUCCAGAGGAAAAGUUUCUCAAUGAGGGAAUAAAUGACACAAAUUAUAGGAAAAGAAUAGUUGGUACGUGUGCUGUAAUGAAACAUAAUCUUUCAGAGGACUGGUCAUGGUUAUUUCGGUUAGCAGUAAAUGAACGAUAUAGAAAAAAAGGUAUAGGGUUAAUGUUAACGCAAACUGCGCAAAACUGGAGUCGGAUUCAUAGGUUUGAUUACAUGGAACUAGUCAUUACAGAAUGCCAGGAGGAAGCAAGACAAUUAUUUAAUAAUGCAGGUUUCGAGAUUAAACAAAUGUAUCACAAGCGACUCUUUACAAGUGCUUUUACUUUGCAAAUGUUUCAAUUAAGAGCGGAAGUGAGAUCUACAUUUAAAUGAAAUUGUGAUUUUUCUAUUUUGUACUUUUAUAAAAUAAAGCAAUUAUAUAAUAGUUUUGAAUUGAUUCUUUAUUUUAUAAAAUAAAGCAAUUAUUAUUGUUAUUAA